AUGGCAUCGUCUGAGUACAACGAACCGCCAUUGCCCACAGGCAAAUAUUACCCUCCAAUAUAUGAGAAACGCCACCGCGUGCGUAAUUGCAAGAAAACAAACCAGUUUGCGUGCGCUGCUCUAGGUAGCUCGGCUAUCGUCGACUCGCAGGUCUCAUGCUUGGCAGAUGCGCUCUGGGCUCUCGAGGAUGAGAAGGAGCGCAGGAAGCCACAGUGCCUGGCUACGCAACAAACCAUCAUUGCCCUUGAGGCGCCUAGGAAAAUGGCACCCAAUCCUUGUGCGGGAACGUUGCGUGGGGUCGACGUGAAUCCUCAAAGUGCACACGGACGGCUUCGAAGCUGUCCUGUUUCGCCACUUCUUCGACCUCGGGACGACUCCGGCACGGUGACUCCACUAAAACUCGGCAGCAUUGAUGCAGAUACUGCUGGCAAUGGAAAAGAGUCCAAAUUAGAGCUCGGCAGGUCAUGGACUGCAUACGCUACAGCUCUCCGUAGCGAGCAAGACCAGCGAAAUGGCACAGGUUAG